CCUCUCUCACUCUCACUCGCUCCCCUGAAGAAAACAAAGACCAACUCCCAAAGAACUAGAUCCCCUCCUCCCUUCCCACCUCUCUCCCCUCCGGCUCCUCCGAUGGCGGCUACACCUCACUCGGUGACCACCCUCGACGACGUGGAGGAGCUGCUGCGGUCCUCUAAGGAGAAGGGGGAGGAGGCCCCCUGCUGCCAACUCGAGGCGGACGCGGCCAUCAAUGCCGCCGUCAAGCUCAAGGCCAUGGUCGACUCCGGCGCCGUCCGCCUCGUCAACCCGCAGAUGAUGGCCAACCAGCUGCAGGCCAAGGCCUCCGUGGAAGAAGGGAUCCAGGAGGCGAUCGACCGGACGUUGUUCUCGCCCCGGGAGAUGCAGGCGCUGGACGAGAGCAUCGCCGUGCUCAAGAACAGGCUGCAGACCCCAUGUUCUCUGGUCACUGCACAGGAGGAAGAAGCAAUAAUCUCUGAGGUACAGUCUCAACGGGUGGCGUGGGCUAUGGGUCUCAUGGGGCUGGAGGUUGAGAAGAAGGUGCUGGAAGCGCAGGCACCUAAGGCACUGGAGAAGUUCCAUGGUCUGCUUGCCGAUAUGCUGGAGACGCCUUCAUUCAUGGGGGCCGGGAGCACAGACUACAAGUUCAUCACCCAUUCUGGGCAGCUCGAGCUACAUGACAUGGAGUAAAACCAUUGAGUUACUACUAGCUAGCUACCAUAUGCUUUGCUGGAACAUGGAACCAUUUGCAGAAUGGAUGAUGCUUUUUGCGGUUGCAGAACUGAAAAUGGAACCUAGCUGGCUUCUGUUUAUUAGUGUUGUUGCUUGAUUGCUAGUACAGAUGUUGCUCCUUGUGCAUGUUUUGUUAUGUUUUUUUUUGCGGGGACAUGUUUUGUUAUGUUGUGCAUACAGUCGAUCUGAUUCAGUCCCUCGACAUUCGGUUUAUCUUUUGUAUCGCAUUCGCUUGCCGAAUUCAGCUGGACUUGUUUCCACGCGCUGAUCGAAUCCGCCUCUUGCCGCUGUUUAUGGCUGCAAACAAGUGUUUUCUGUCGAUGGAGUCCCAUUGUAUUGCAAGCAAAAAAGAAACGCAGUGUGUGUUUUCGUGUCUUCAGUAUUUCUCUGAGAGCCCAGGAAGUCCACACCGUCUUUACUUUGGAAGUGAAUUAAGGUCUUGUUGAAGUAGCGGUGCAAAUCAAGGGAUGAGAGCUUUGCAUGUGUGAACUGCAGAAGCAGUGCCCACGGCCCAUGGUGGAGGCAGUAGUCAGGGCGAAACCAACGUUGCAGGUGACACUCGCUGGUUCGACCGAUCAGGGAUGCAGAGCAAAGUUGACAAGCACAGGAGCGAUCCAGUUUCAAUUCAUAGCAGAGCAGCAUCGAGCACAGUAGCUAGCGAUCCAGGAGCAGAGCAACUGUUUUUCCCCUUGCCAGAUUCGAUUGAUCAUUCCCUUCUCUGAAACAGAAUUUUCAAAGUCACAGCUGCAAAGUUUGUUGCAUCCUCCCUUUUAAUUAGAUCGGCGUUCUCUCUCACAAUCCAGGAGGGCGGCACGGUCUCAAAAUCACGUCCAGCAGGGAGUGGCGUUUCCAAGCCCUGAUAUAUUUAGCGGCCAUAGGUACGCAGAUGGAUGCCUGCUUUAGUUGUAGAAUUGCUUCAAAUGGAAGAGAAAGAUUACCAUCCAUCUUUUUUU